AUGGUCCUGGAUUCUGUGCCUUUUUCGUAUCAGCUAGAUGAUAUAAACAGCACGAUCGCGUUGGCGGCUAAGUAUCAGUCCGAACAGGCUAGACUGGGCUCCCAAAGGCACAAGAUACAGAGAAACAGGCAGACCCAGCAGAUGAUCAACUACGCUCCGUCGCAGGGGUACAGCAGGACAAGACACGCUCCACAAGGUUUCCAGCCCUUGUUCGAAAAAACGAAUCCGCUCAUGGGGUCUUCGACGACCCCAUCGCCGGUUUCGGGGUCCAACUCUGAUUUUUCGUUCAUGUCGCUGGCUGAUCAGCAACUCGUGCAGCUUGGCCCGAUGGCCCCUCCGCUCGCUCAUUCAAGUACCGUCUCCUCUGUCUCGUCGGGAAAAGAUCAGGCGUCGUCACCAAUGAGGGCCGGGUCGACGGGUUCCACAAUAUCGUCGGGGUCAGCUAAUUCUCCGUGGAACACCUCGUUGUUGGAUUUAAACACAAAAACUAGCAUUCCUUUCAGUUCAACAUGGUCACAGGUUUGGUAA